AUGAGGAAAGCAAGAAAGAGAUGGUUUAAGCAUGUGAAGAGAGGAACAAAACCUAGCCCUAUUCUUUACAUUUUCAACGUUGUUAAAGCAGCAAACUUAAAGAGACAUCUCGAUUAUCCAGUUUCUCCUAGUCAGUUGUUCAAGAAUUACAGUAAAAGUGACACACAGAUUCUUCCUCAUAUUCCAUUCCUCAGAUGGUUGGACAGAGCCGGGAUUGUGGAGCCAUCACCUCCUUGUCCAGCAUCAACAGAGCAAGCGGAAACUGCAGGCAGACUUUUUGAGGUAGCAAAGGUGAGGGAUGUGAAGCGUUUGAUAAGUAUGUUUCCUCUUUGGUCGAGUUUUUUUGUAUACAGUCUCGUAGAGGCUACAGCAAGCACAUUCUUUUACGUACAAGCUGAAUUCAUGGAUGACCAUCUUGGGAAGAUAUCCCACGUCCCAAUAGUAGUUUUUGUUAUCAUCAAGACCUCUACAAGUUCCAUUGUAGAAAUCAUAUGUGAAUUGCUCAAGAGAAAAGGAAGUGCACCACGACGUCCUCCACUGUAUAGAGUUGUACUUGGAAUGUUGUGUUCUUUCUUUUGUUGUCUAACUGCUUGGCGGGUCGAAGUUUACAGGCGUGGUGAACUGGAAGUAUGGUUGGACGACUAUAACACCGAGCAGUACACUAAUAAAAUUAGUUUUGUUUUGGCUAACACCUCAAUUCUUCUUGGUUGGCCUUAUGGAUGGACUUUCGUCGAGUGGGCUCCAAGAUUUCUUUGAAACUCAAGUUUGUGAUUCAAUGAAAGGGUAUGGGCCAGAAUUCAGUAAAUUUGUCACUGGCAUUGGCAAAUUCUUUAGUGUGAUCAGCAUCCUCAUUUUCAGACCCUGGUUUAAGGAAGAUGUAAACAAAGUCGUUUGGACAAGUACUAUGCUAUGUUAAUGGUUCCUACCUUCCUUAACUUUUGCUUUUGCUGGUUUGUGAGCAACUGGUAUGCCAAUCAGCAGCCCCAUGACAUUGACAUGGACAUAAACAUUGCUCAAGAAUUAGGAGAUGUUGCCCAAGAAGUUUUGAAAAAUCAUAAUUCGGGCUUUGACAUUGCUCAUCAAGAAUUAGAAGAUGGUCCAGUAGAAAUCGUGACAAAUUAUGAACAUUCGACUCCAUCUAUCAAUAACUGAUGUUACAUAACACAACCUAAAUGUACUAAACGUUCGCCAUUUUUUGUGUAAUGAUUCUUGUAAUUUAGACCUCCAACAGCGAGCCGAGCAUAUCAACUAUGAUUUUCAAUAGACAUAAUA